ACCAUAUUACAUUCAUUCAGAAAUUUGCAAACUUGCAGACUUUGGAGUUGCGUUAAUCUAAUUUAAAUUCCUAGUAGUCGCCGACGGGCAUAUUCAAUUCCACACUCUGCUGACGAGGGUCGACCAGUAUUAAAAUGAGUCAAGUACUAAAAAAAUUAACAGUCCAAGUGCUGAAAAACAAAAAUGUGGAUAAUAUUUUUGGAGGCUUGGCUGUCAGAGCUGGCAGUACCUGGUGGAACAAUGUAGAAAUGGGUCCACCUGACGUCAUUCUGGGCAUUACUGAAGCAUACAAAAGGGAUGAUAACCCAAAUAAAGUUAACUUAGGAGUGGGAGCCUAUAGAGAUGAUGAGGGAAAACCUUUUGUAUUGCCUUCAGUAAGAAAGGCAGAGGAGAUCAUCUACAACAAAUGCCUGAAUCAUGAAUAUGCACCGAUCGGCGGAGAGGCAACAUUCACUGAUGCCGUUGCAAAACUUGCAUUCGGUGAAGACUGUCCCAUAUUCCAAGAAAAAUCAAAUUGCACAGUACAAACCCUAUCCGGUACAGGCGCUCUGCGUCUCGGCUUUGAAUUCAUAAUGAAGCACUACGCCAAGAACAAGGAAGUGUGGAUGCCGAACCCGACUUGGGGCAACCACCCUCAGAUCUGCAACAUGCUGAACAUCCCGCACAAGAAGUACCGCUACUACGACGCUAAGACACACGGCUUCGACCUUAAUGGAGCUCUCGAAGAUAUCUGCAAAAUUCCGGAAGGAUCUAUAAUCCUGCUGCACGCGUGCGCUCACAACCCCACCGGUGUUGACCCGCGCCCCGCAGACUGGGAACAACUCUCCCAGGUUAUAAAGCAGCGCAAGCUGUUCCCGUUCUUCGACAUGGCGUACCAGGGCUUCGCCACCGGCAGCGUGGACAAUGACGCCUUCGCCGUGCGCAAGUUCGUCAAGGACGGACAUCAGGUCACUCUGGCGCAGAGCUUCGCUAAAAAUAUGGGGUUGUACGGGGAGCGAGCUGGUGCGCUGACGUUUCUGUGUGGUGAUGCGGAGUCUGCGGCCAAGGUGAUGUCGCAGGUGAAGAUCAUGAUCCGCACAAUGUACUCCAACCCGCCGCUGCAUGGAGCACGCAUCGUGCAGGAGAUACUCAACAAUGCAGAACUCAAGCAGAUGUGGUUGUGCGAUGUGAAGCUGAUGGCGGACCGCAUCAUCUCCAUGAGGAAGCAGCUGCGCGAGGGUAUCGAGAAGUCUGGCAACCCACACCGCUGGGAGCACAUCACAGACCAGAUCGGAAUGUUCUGCUACACCGGACUCAAGCCUGAACAGGUGGAGCGUCUCACCAAAGAUUUCCACAUCUACUUGACGAAGGACGGGCGCAUCUCUGUGGCGGGCGUGUCCUCAAAGAACGUGCAGUACGUCGCUGAAGCCAUUCACAAGGUCACCGCGUAAGCGAAUGUCGACCUUACUGCCAUAUA